AUGUUGAGACUAUUCGCUGUGAUUUGGUUAUACCUUUCAAGAAUAUGCCUCGCGCAAAAUUCCUCGCUACCGAAAGACUGCUCUGUGGAAAUUAAACCCGUGGACGAGGGCUUUCCGAUGUACAACUCGACGCGCACAGCGCCCUCCAGAUUCAUAGGACAAUCUGCUCCAUGGUACAUAACCGCCACAGUAACCGACAGACGCGCGCCAAACCUCGUAUUCGGAGACGUCGAUACCAGUCAGGAGCUCAGUGUCUUUAUAAGCGUUCCUCGAACACUUGUUGCAACUCAACGCGGAAGAGACAGCCGGGUCUGCCCGUACAUGAUGAAAGCUGUCAACAAGACCUCUGAGAAUCCACCCGAUAUGGAUACCGAUGACGAUCCAUCGUUUGCGAAUCACUCGUGCAAAGGGGUUAUAAGCGAUAAGUGUAUCAAGGAAUUUGAGAACUCAACUCUUGCUGUUGGAGGAGGCUCUUCCAAAUGUCCGAGCUUGCAGUCCUUUGACCUCAGCGAGGAAUGCAAGGAGCACCUUUUUAUCGGACAAACCGUGCCGCGCAAUUUCUCUUCGGCGCGUUGUUCAGUCGAUGAAAUGCCAUAUCUCGAUCUUCCGGAGAAUUACACAACUUUUGGCAGUGGAUUGUGGGUAGGGCUAGACGGUGAUAAGGAUCGCGGGGAUUUCGAUCUUUAUGAUUUGAGGGUUCAGCAGACUAUUCCAUUGUUGUUUUCUGUGUCAACGGGUGCUGGUAUGAGUAGGAUGAUAUGCAUGGCCCCUGAUCAGGUUGUUAGUGGGAGUCGGAAACCCGAGUUGAAGCUGGAAGGAGCUGAUGAAGAGGACGAGAACAUGGCAUCGCGAGUUGGAGGUUUGGGGGCUGCUGUUUUCCUUAGUGUUGGCGCGAUGAUCUUCAGUCUCCUGUACUUUGUGAAAAUGCGUCUGUCUUCUUUCAUCGCUGGGGCAGCUCUGCUUUCUGCUUCGGGCGCCAAUGCAUUGAAUAUUCUGUUGAACAAUGACGAUGGAUUCGGUUCUGGGAACUUACGUGAGAUGUAUCGCAUUUUCAAGGAGAAGGGUCAUAAUGUCUGGCUCGUUGCUCCCGCUACCAAGCAGAGCGGCAAAGGCGGUACCUCUGACUUCACCACCGAAGGAAACUUGACUGCACCAUCGCAGUAUGACUUGAUUCCCAAGGGUGCACCUUCAGUUGGACAUGAUCCAAAGGAUAGCCAGAUCUGGUACUACAACGGCACACCCGCUGCAUGCACCUUUGUCGCUCUAGACUACGUCCUCCCCAAAUUCGCCAACUUUAGUGUUCCAGAUCUUGUCGUUACUGGACCUAACUACGGGACCAACUUGGGUGGUUUUGUGUGGACUUUAUCUGGUACUGCUGGAGCUGCAUACGCCGCUACCAACCGUGGAAUCCCCGCUAUUGCCAUCUCAGCAAGCAACCAAGAAGUCCCAUACUUUGAGGUCAAAAACCGAACUAACCCUGCUACAUGGGCUGCACAAGCAUCCGUCAAAUUCGUCGAGAACUUCAUCGCCACAUCCCCCAAGAACGGCCCUCUUCUCCCCAUCGGUUACGGCGUCAACGUCAACCUUCCCGUCUUGACAAAGAAGAACCUAAAUCCGGAUUUCGUACAGACAAGAUUCACUGGAAACGCUCACGUAAAUGAAGCUGUCCUCGACAAAGAGAAAGGAACGUUCACUUGGGCUAACAUCAAGCCUUACGCCGCUGGCGUGAAUGCUUGCAUCAAUGGUGAUUGCUCUCUUCCUGGCGUCGGUAUCUUUCUACACGGUUGA